CAACGCAACCCAAAUUCACAGAGAGAGAUCUAGAGAGAGAAACAAUGGGUAUUUGCAGUUCGUGCGAAUCAACCUCCGUUUCUACGGCGAAGCUGAUACUCGCCGACGGAAGAUUGCAGGAAUUUCUCUAUCCUGUCAAGGUCUCCUACGUAUUGCAGAAGAAUCCAGCGUUUUUCAUCUGCAAUUCCGACGAGAUGGAUUUCGACGACGUCGUAUCGGCGGUCAGCGACGACGACGAGCUGCAGCCCGGCCAGCUAUACUUCGCGCUGCCGCUCAGCCAGCUCAGGCACCGCCUUCAGGCGGAGGAGAUGGCGGCAUUGGCCGUCAAGGCCAGCUCGGCUCUGACGAAGAGCGGUUGCGGCGACAAAUGCGGUUGCCGGAGGAAUAUUCUCGUGUUUCCCGGUGAGUACGAUCUGAGAAAAUCGGCGAAGGAGGCUACCGGAAACGGCGUGAACUGUAGAUCUGGGGGGAGGAGAUCCGGCGGCGGGCGGAGAGGGAAGGUCACGGCGCGGCUGAGUGCGAUACCCGAGUAGGGGCAUUUUAGGAAACCGAAUUAUCUCAUUUCUGUAAAUAUAGUGCAUAAUGAUGAGUUGAGAUUUUGUUUCAUUAUGAACAAAUUUUCCUUUGAAAAGUUAAAGGAUUUAACUA